AGCGGGGCGGGGCUGGGGAGGAGCCCGGUGGGGAUUAGGCCGCGCCGCGACCCGGCGGUGGGGCAAGAUGGCGCUGCUGGCAGGGAGGACGGUGCUGCUGCGGGCGGGGGUCCGGCUUGGCGCAGAGGCGGCGACCCGUGGCGGGAAUGGCGCGCGGCGCUUCGCGAGCCACCGGGUGCUGGUGGAACCGGACGCGGCCGCAGGGAUUGCUACAAUAAAACUCAAGAACCCUCCAGUGAAUAGCCUUUCCUUGGAGUUUCUAACAGAGUUAAUCAUCUGCUUGGAGAAGCUGGAGAACGACAAGACCUUCCGAGGCAUCAUCUUAACUUCGGACUGUCCUGGCAUCUUCUCAGCCGGCCUGGACCUGAGGGAGAUGUGUGGGAAGAACCCAGCCCACUACGCCGAAUACUGGAGGGCCGUGCAGGAGAUAUGGCUGAAGCUCUACCUGUCCAACAUGGUCCUGGUUGCUGCCAUCAACGGAGCCUCGCCUGCUGGAGGCUGCCUGAUGGCCCUUACCUGUGACUACCGGGUCCUGGCUGACAACCCUAGGUACCGAAUAGGACUAAAUGAGACUCUGCUGGGCAUAAUCGCCCCCUUCUGGUUCAAAGACAACCUCGUGAACACCAUUGGACACCGAGCCGCGGAUCGUGCUCUGCAGCUGGGGCUGCUCUUCCCACCAACAGAGGCCCUUCAGGUGGGCAUGGUGGACCAGGUGGUUCCCGAGGACCAGAUACACAGCACAGCACUCUCAGUGAUGAGCCAGUGGCUGGCCAUUCCAGACCAUGCUCGGCAGCUGACCAAGAGCAUGAUGCGGAAGGCCACCGCAGACCACCUGAUCAAACAGCGGGAAGCAGACAUCCAGAACUUCGUCAGCUUCAUCUCCAAAGACUCCAUCCAGAAGUCCCUGCAAGUAUACUUAGAAAAGCUCAAACAAAAGAAACACUAAGGCCAAGCUGCCUGCCACACAGCUUUUCCUGUAGUCCCCAGGGGAUUUUACACGAAGUAGUUUUCAACUUGCUCAGCUGUUUUACUAAUCUUAAGAGAGUCCCAGCUCUUGUGGCCCAGCGUCCCAAGGCCCCACUGUCAGCACAAGUGCCUUUGGGUUUGAAGAGCAGUGUCUGGAUUUUUGGAUUUAAUGGCAGGUGGGACUUCGUGGGCCCAGACAAAAUCACACUGUCUCCUUUCCCAAAGCAGAAUUAUGAAUAAAGUCUUCAUGUUGUCCCAUC